AUGGAUGAUGUUGGGUCUGUUGAGGACCGUCGGAAUCCACGUUCCAUUGAUGGUGACCACAAUGGGAUGCUCGUCGUCAGAGCGACACCAACGAAUUCCACCGAAUUCCACCGCUUUCCUUUCCUUCCGACCCCUGCUCUGCAAAAAAGAAGUACAAAUAUCAUGUCGGAAACAAAUGAAGAAAUGAACGCCAGACACCGCAAGGAGCUCAAGGCUUUAGAAGGCGAGAAGCGAGCCGAAACUAAAAAAACGAAAUCGACGGCUGGAAAAAAGGCCAAAGCGGCGAUUGCUACUUUGGAAGCAGAAUACGAGUCGAAAUUGAAGUGCAUGAAAGAACGACACGGAAAGGAGCUUUCGGAUGAAACCCCAGAAUUCAUCAACACUGAUUAUGCUGCAAAUAUUGAAAAGACGGGAGGAGAGGGGCCUUGCGAGCCUGUAAUCGACACGGAGGAAGUAGAGAGACAGAGGAAAGUCGAAAAAGCAAGGCUCAAAAGGGAAAAACAACGCCAGAAGGAAUUGCGGCGGGAACAGGAAAUCUCCAAGGAGACGGCGAACGCUGGUCCCCUACCAAGAGAGGUCGAAAACAAAAUAAUUUUGCAGCAGUUAGCCCCCCUCAAUAUGAUCAUUGCGGAAGUUAAAGCGGAUGGUCAUUGCCUAUACCGAGCUGUCGCGGCACAAUGCCAGUCUGAUUACCUUACGAUCAGAAAGAUGUGCUCGGAAACGUUAAAGGCUCACGAGGACGAUUUUGCGCCGUUUUGCGAAUAUACAGACACGGUACCAGACUUUCAGACCUACGUGGAGCGCGUUCGAUCGUCUGCUGACUGGGGUGGACACCUGGAACUUCGAGCAAUCUCUAUGGCUUUAAAACGCCCAGUGUGGAUUUUUUCUUCUACUUCGCCACAUCCCCUGGUGAUUGAGGAACAAAGCUCUGAUGUUGACCCAAUUAGGCUUUCGUACCACUUGAAAUAUUACGCGCUGGGCGAGCACUACAAUCAAGUCAUCAACUGCACGAGACCCAGGCCAUUCUAGUUCAUUGGAAGUCGAAAGUGGCACAGAAAAAAUCUUUCAUAGCGGGGUGUCAGGCAGUGAGUGACUAGUCACAGAUCAUUUGAUGUUUUAUGCCUGCCGGGUAUAUUGCUUUGGACGGAGCCAAGUGGAAGUAUUGAACACAUUUAUUUUCGUUGUCGUUGUAGAUGGAUAAUUG